AUGUCUGUAAUGUCAAAAAGGGUCGCGGAACCUAUAUUUGAGGCUCCACCGGAGGAGUCUGUCUUGUGGCAAGAAUGGUCCGACGCUGCUUUGAACAGGGAAAACUGGUCAACUCCUAAAAACGGGCCGGAUGAUUUGUUUCUCGACACGCAAGUCGUUCAGUUACCACCGUCGUUAGAACCAUACGAAUGGGUCAGAGCAAAAGAUUUAAGCGAUUUAACCGGACCAUUGACAGUAUUCGUUAACGAGCCGGAUUAUCCAGACUUGAUAACCAAUAACAAACAUUUGCUGCACAGUCAAAUUCUGGUUGACGAUAUGAUACCAGUGGAUGCAGAGAAAGUUCCACUUUUACCUCGAACUAUAAACAACUUUGAACUAUGGCCAAUGAUUCUAUCCAAGGCUGUAUUGAAAUUAUGCGCGCUGACCUGGUGCGGCUACAACGAAAUCGUAGAUUUUCAUCCUGUCACUUGUCUAACCGGCUGGGUUUGUCUGAGGCUAGACAUCGCGUAUUUAUCUCCUCAAGAUAAAUGGGAUUUCUUAAGGAAGUACGCGGAUCAUUUCGAAUGGGAAGCGGAAGUCCCGGAUCAGGAAAGCCUAGUAGUUACAAGGUCUAAGAAGAGCAAAGAUGCGAAAAGCAGCACGGCGCGGACGAAAAGAUCUAAGGGAACGGAGCAUUCGAAAAAGUCUAAGGCGACAACUGAUAAAUCUAAAUUGAAAUCGUUAACUAAGCCCGAACCAAUCACUCUAUUUCUCGGUUUAGAGGAAAUGAAGAAAGUAUCUUCAGAUAUUACGUCGGAUUUAGCCCCUUGCCUGAGUCAUUUUAUUUAUAUAUCUCAGUCUCGUGAUAUUCCAUUGGAUCCCAAAGAUGUGAAACCUCCGUUAGCGAGAUGGAAGCUGUUUCGAUGGUUGAAAUGGGCAAUCAGUGAAGGAAUAAUCGACCCAAUCGAAUACUUCGUGCCGAUACGGUCGUUGAAAGUCGUUAGCCCGUUAAAAAAGUGCGAAGAGAGUGUGAUUAACAAAUAUAAUACGAACACAAAGGAAAAUAUUCAAAAUAGUAUCACGGAUAAGCAGACUGACGUAGGAACAUCGAUAAGUAAAUAUCAAAAGCGGGAGACCGAAGAGAAGACUAAGAAAAAGAUCGAAGACGAGCUGCCGCUGCGAGAUAUUAGUUUCUGGGCGGAUUUCAACAAAAUGGAGCCUUUUAUAAAAGAUGUUCACUUUUUCUACAAACUAGAUUAUUUCCAAUAUACUGCGAGAUUGUCUGAUCGUUUCGCGACGAAACAAUCGUACGAUCAGAAAUCAGAGAAGAAAAGCAGCAGGAGAAGCUCGCUGAACAGAGUGUUGAAGGUUUCUGAAUUCGUCGAUACGUAUACUUGGCCGCACGAGAUAAAAGUAACAAGAAACGAACCUUUGUACAUCUUCGUCGAUUCGUUGGACGAAAAGUUCUUCCUGAUCAACUUCUCCACGUUCCAAGUUUCCGUCGACACUUUUGAGGAGAACUACGACCAAAAGGAUAUCACCUCCUCCAAGGUGAUACUGGAGGGAAACAAGGACAGUCUGAUCGUGGAGAAGCACAGCUUCUUCCAUAGAGCGGAAAAAUCGAAUUGCUUAGCGUCGAUCGUGACCGCGGGUACGAAGUCGACGGUGCUGGAAAUAAAUCGUGGCAGGCACCUGCUGCGACUCUACUGUCACUCGGUGUCCGAUUGCUACGUCACGAUCUCGUCGGACACGAUUUUUCACGUGGGUGACAAGAAGAAAAUGUACCAGUUGAUGUGCACCGAGUCUGAAACAGUCGACACGAUCGCGAAGCACGUCAGCAACUCCGUCAGCAGCGCGUACCAAACGUUUGGCACCGAAAAAUAUUUAGACGGAUUGAGGGUUUACUAUAGCAGCUACUUGCCACCUGCCGCGGAACGAACGUGGGAGAACAAACUGUUUUACAAUCAGAUACACGAUUAUUUUCUCGAGGAGAAGGUGCAGUUCAUUAGAAGAAUCGUGCCGGAGAACGAGUUCCCAAAUAUGGUGCGGGCUUUGAGAAUAUUCUUUUUAGAUCCUACCAUUGGCACAGAACGAUUCAAAUCGAUUUCGACGCUGAUAGAGAGUCUACGAGAAAUGAACACUGAGAAAUACGGAAGCAGUCUAUUUCAGCAGAGAGAGGAUUCUAUCGACGACGAGAUCACGCUCGAGAAGCAGAAAGCUGCAAACGUGAUACAGUCGUUUUUCAAAAUGAUUAUUAUUAGAAAGUAUCGAAGAAUCCACGAUCCUACUCAUAGACAGCACGAACAGGUUUUAACAAAUUUGCUGAAGAUCGCGGAGUUGUUUAAUUAUAAUAAACGAGAAUCUCUAGCGAAUCAAAUACUAAGGAACAUGUUGAAGCACCAUGACAAGAUGUACGAAAUUUAUCAUUGCUCGAGAGACUUCGAGUACACGUUGCAAGAGCAGGAAUUGAAGGGCACGUUGACGAAUGUGAAACCGAAUCAGUGGCUGCCUGUUGCAAGGUUCGUGGUGAACUCUCAAGUUGCUGAAACCGUCACAGCGAAUAUUGAUUUAUUCAUAGAUAUAGAGAGGUAUUGUGUACGCGCGUUUAACAACGAGACUGACUUGGAGAUGGUACGAGUGAUUAACAACGUGGUUACCACUCGGUAUGCAUACACGAAAUUGGGUUACACGAUAUUUUGUUAUUGCUGGAGCAACGAGCAAACGUUGAAGGAACUACCCUGGACCCUGAGUAUAACUACAGUUAAAGGACAACCGGCAUUUCGUUUCUUGACUAACGAAGAAUGGAUUCCAACGAUAACGACGCCUCCUCUGUUGACGAUGCAAGAAUUAUCGAAUAGCUAUAUUCCAAAUUCGAAGAAUUUCAUCUCCAAAUGGAUCGUACGAGUGGCGAAGCCUAGUAUAGUGUCUUUCAGGCUGAGGGUGUCGUACGAGAGAGUGAGAAUGAAAUUUAGUGUGACAAACACGAAAGGUCGUGUAUUGUCGCAAAUAAAAGGAACGUACGUAGUCAUUUUGCCGAUGGUGUAUCUCGGAGUCGAAAAAGAGUCGAGCUCGAUCGAAUUUUUAAAGCCUGAUGAUUCUCGGGAAGAGAAGGAGGACAAGAGUGGAUCGAAGACAACGAUCGAGGAGGACAAAGUUUAUCACGUGGAAGCUACGGUGCUCGAUGACAGUUGGCCGUUGACGAGGGCGGAAUGGUGUUUGGUGUCAGAAUUUAAGAUAAAACCAACGGGUUCUGUGAUGAAAACGAAGCUACCCUCUUGCUUGAGCGCGGGCAGAGUAUCCAAGGCAGAGUCCGUGAGAUCGAGAAAAGUUUCGAAGCAAUCGGUCGACAAUAGUUCCACCCUCGAGUCACCUUAUUGGAUCCUCCAAGUGGUCACCGACUCCGAAAGCGGAUUAGAGAUAUCGCAAGAUAGGACAAAAGAAGAGGCGAUAGCGCGGAUGAAGGAGGAAUGGGCAAAGGAGAACCCUGACAGUUUGGAACGCGGCAGAGAACUGCGGGAAGCUUUCAUAAAGAAACACGAGGUGAGACCAGAAAUCUCGGCGGGUUCGUUCGAAAGGAAAUCAUCGAGUCAUUCCAUGAGAUCGGUGACAAAGAGGGACAGUCAACCGUCGCUGAUCGGCGACACGUCCGAGCUAUCAAUGGGGUCUCGUUUCGAGGAGAGGACCUUGAAGCCGCCUUCGGCGCUUCGUAGACUUCCACCGCUGAACGUUUCGCUGUACAAGAUCAAAGAGGACGAAGAGGACGAGUCGUGGGUGAAGACGGACGCGGACGAGGAGAUGAUGAGGAAUAUUCGCAUGAUGAACAUCAUUUACGCUCAAGAGGACUACGCGUACUUCCUCGACGAGUUGAACAGUCUAAUGAAGAAGCAGCAGGAACAGCAGGAUUCGCUUUACGGCACGUACAAAGAAUCUUUUUGGUGCAGAAGAGCUGCGUUGGACGACGCGUACGACGCGCGGAACUUAUACGUGCGCAGUAUGAAACCUUCGGCACCCCCCAGCACCAAGUCGACUCAAACUAAGACCAUCAAGUCUACCAAGAACACGAAGAAGAGCAAAAAAUCGAAGAAUACUUAA